CCGCCGGAACAAAAGCGGCCGGCGCGGCCGUGUCGCUGCUGCGGCACCAUGUCCGCCAGCGGGGGCAGCUCCCCGGGCAGCGCCGUCAAGAAGCGCAGCACCGCCGGCUCGGCCGCCUCGCUGGCUCAGGAUGAAGAGAAGCAAGCCAUGGAGAAGAUGCUGGAAGGAGCGCAGGAGAACGGCUGCGCCCGCUCGCCAUCGCCCUGCGGCUCGGCGGAGGGGGUGGCCCUGCAGCGGAACAUCACGCUGCUCAACGGCGUGGCCAUCAUCGUGGGCACCAUCAUCGGCUCCGGCAUCUUCGUCACCCCCACGGGGGUGCUGCGGGAGGCGGGCUCGCCCGGGCUGUCUCUCGUGGUCUGGGCCGUGUGCGGCGCCUUCUCCAUCGUGGGCGCGCUGUGCUACGCCGAGCUCGGCACCACCAUCACCAAAUCCGGCGGGGACUACGCCUACAUGCUGGAGGUGUACGGCUCCCUGCCCGCCUUCCUCAAGCUCUGGAUAGAGCUGCUCAUCAUCCGGCCCUCCUCGCAGUACAUCGUGGCUCUGGUGUUCGCCACCUACCUGCUCAAGCCCAUCUUCCCCACCUGCCCCGUGCCCGAUGAUGCUGCUAAGCUGGUGGCGUGUUUGUGUGUCUUGCUGCUCACAGCUGUGAACUGCUACAGUGUCAAAGCUGCCACCCGUGUGCAGGACGCGUUUGCUGCGGCCAAGCUGCUGGCGCUGGCUCUGAUCAUCAUCCUGGGCUUCGUGCAGCUGGCAAAGGGUGAUGUGGAGAACCUGACCCCUGCCAGAUCCUUCGAGGGCACCAAGGUGGACGUUGGGAACAUCGUGCUGGCUCUCUACAGUGGCCUCUUUGCCUAUGGGGGCUGGAAUUACUUGAAUUUUGUGACAGAAGAGAUGAUCAAUCCCUACAGAAACCUGCCCCUGGCCAUCAUCAUCUCCCUGCCUGUGGUCACUCUGGUGUAUGUGCUCACCAACCUGGCUUACUUCACCACGCUGAGCACCGAGCAGAUGCUGACGUCUGAGGCCGUGGCUGUGGAUUUUGGGAACUACCACCUCGGUGUCAUGUCCUGGAUCAUCCCUGUCUUCGUUGGCCUCUCGUGCUUCGGCUCUGUCAAUGGAUCUCUCUUCACUUCUUCCCGGCUGUUCUUCGUGGGAUCCCGAGAGGGGCACCUCCCUUCCAUCCUGUCCAUGAUCCACCCCCGGCUGCUCACCCCGGUGCCGUCGCUGGUGUUCACGUGUGUCAUGACCCUGCUCUAUGCCUUCUCCAACAACAUCUUCUCAGUCAUCAACUUCUUCAGCUUCUUCAACUGGCUGUGUGUGGCCCUGGCCAUCAUUGGGAUGAUGUGGCUGCGCUACAAGAAGCCAGAGCUGGAGAGACCCAUCAAGGUGAACAUCUGCCUGCCCAUCUUCUUCAUCCUGGCCUGCCUGUUCCUCAUCGCUGUUUCCUUCUGGAUGACGCCCAAGGAGUGUGGGAUUGGCUUUGCCAUCAUCCUCAGUGGCAUCCCCAUUUACUUCUUCGGGGUCUGGUGGCAAAACAAGCCCAAGUGGGUCCUCCAAGCCAUCUUCUCUGCCACCGUGCUGUGCCAGAAGCUGAUGGAAGUGGUUCCUCAGGAAUCCUAGGCAGGAGCAGCAGGGACACUGAGCUCGAGGAAACGCACAAGGUUCUGUUGAGAUGACCCAAGGAUCCCACCCUCACUCCCAAUCCAGGCACUGGAGCUGCCCCAAGGCUCUGCUCAGCCCCCCCAGCCCUGCCAGAAGAAAUCCUUGGUACGAGCACGAGCCAGGAGGAGAAUUCCCAAGGGCAGUUCCAGAGGGGUGCUGCUGCUGCUGUGCCCUGUGUGUGUGUGAGGGCUGUGCUUGGCUCUGGGGGCUCCUUUGCUUUGGCUCUGGCAUCUGCUGGAGCCUGGUUUGAGUGUUCAGAGUUCUGGGUGGGGGUGGGAGGCUGAUGUUGGCUCACUGCCCCAAACUCACACCCCAUGUGCUGCUGGACCCUGGGAUGUGGGGGGGCCUCACUGAGUGUCACUGUCCCCUCACUGGGGCCCUGCCACCCUUUGCAUUUGGAUCAGCACACAGAUCCAGGGCAGCUCCCUGCUGCUGAGCCAUCCCCAGGCUGCUGUUCCCCACAGUGCCCAUCCCUGGCAGUGAGCACUGAGGGGGAAACCUGCAGGAGCUGCAGCCAGCACAAGGACAAGCCCUUGGCUUGCUCAUUCCAUGCUUUUCUGUGCCAGCCUUUCCUGCAGCAUGGGAUGAGCAGCUCUGUGCUCUCUCUCCUCAUGGCCCUGCUCAGGGAGCCAUGUUUGUCCCCAAAGCAUCUGCAGGGAGAAAUGAAGGGUGGGGAUUGCCCUGGCACAUUCCCUGGGGGCUCUCUGUGCUGUUCCCUCUGUCCUGCUGUGUUUUCUCUGGAAUGUGCCACAGAGGUGGCACCACCUGGCUCUGGGCUGUGGGGAUGUCCUGGCUGGCUGGAGCCACCUCUGGCUGCUGGAGAUCAUGGAAUGGUUGGGCUGGAGGGACCUUAGAGCCCAUCCAGUGCCACCCCUGCCAGGGCAGGGACACCUCCCAC